CUGUGGACUACUGUUAAUCUACAAUGGGUAGCGGGGCCUCUGUCAGUGAUCCAAGUGGAGACGUAGCAGAAGAAGUUCUACUAGAACCGAAGAGAGAGGAUGCUGCCCAGUCCACAUCGUGUCCAGGAGGAGGAGGUGCGGGGCAGCCAAGAGACGGACAGGACGGUGCGCUUCCCCCUGAGAAUCCUCCUGUGCUGAAAGAGAAGCAUGUGGAAUCUGCAGAGAGGAACACAGAGGAUACAGAAGGCUCCCUCAAACAAAUGCCCAAGUCUGAGACAAGCCCAGUACCUGCUGAUGCACCCAAGGAGGACAUGUGCAGUACUGAGUUCCAAGAGAAUCCACCUAGUGUUAUGGUUGAUGUAGAUUCCAGCACUGCAAGUAUGUCGGGAAGGGAGGAAAGUGAAGAUCCUGAGGAGAUUGAGAAGAGUUUCAAAACGUCUUAUGAAUCAGUAGACAACGAGGAAGUUCCACUGGCUUUUGAGAGUUUUUUACACCGGAAUGGCAUCCUCUACAGCUGCCUUAGCCAACAUGGCCACAGAAUGUAUGUUGAUGAGUCAAAGGUGAUGGAUCAAGCUGAGGAUCCCGUCAAUAGCCACAAUGUAAACAAUACAACGUCUGUGGCUGAUAAUGACCGAGCUGGUGUGGUCUACAUUCAGGGAAAGGGGACUGUCAUGACAUAUAUGUUUGAGGAAAAGGUGAACAUCUGCAGAUACUAUGAUAUUCAGUCAGGACUGUGGCUCUUAUUACCUCUACAGUGGGAGAUGGACAUUGAUUUUGUCAAACAGAGUGUGAAAAGAAUUAUGGAUACUCUUCCUGGUCUGGUGGACAAGAAAGAGAUAACAGCAGCACUCAGGCUGUGCAACUAUGAUCCUGAUGAGGUCAUGUCUGUCUACCUCACUAUAUUUGGUAACAGCCUUUUUCAGUCCUCCAGCAAAGCACAACAUUUUUCAGAGCUGAAUUCUUUCCGGAGCCAUUUGGAAAAGGACAAGAUAAUUGAAGACCUCAAACAAAAACUUUACACAAAAGAGAAUGAGCUAGAGAAACUUUUCCAGAGGAACAGCUACUUAAAUCGAGAUUCCGAGUACCUUGCUGAUUUGGUCCACCAAUUGAACCAGCGAGUAGCUGAACUUGAAGCUGACAAACAAGAGGCCAGUGAGAAAAUCCGAGCCUUGUUGAACCGAAGGUCCACCGAAGUGCCAGCCAAGGUGCCCCCUAAACCCUCUGUAGAUCUGGAGCACCUUCGACAAGUCAGCCGUUUGACUCACGAGUUGAACGUCUCCAACAAGCAUCUGAGCUCCACUGUGCGUCACAUGUUGGUGGAUUUGCAGAAUCAUUUCAAGCAGUUGAGGGAGCUGGUGGAGAAAAUGACUGAAGCAGAGCAGCACAGGGUUAAGGAGCAAGAGGAGCUUCGCUCCCUUUACAUGAAAGAGGCCCUGGAGAGAAAAACUUUGUACAAUAAACUUCUAGAGCUUCAAGGGAACAUCCGGGUAUUCUGCAGAUGUCGAGGUAAUGCUACAGCAAACUCCUGUGUGGAGGUGCCAUCUGAACAGGAGAUUGCAGUCAUUCAGAAAGGAGGCAAGAAGAAAUUUAACUUUGAUAGGGUCUAUUCACCAAACUCUACUCAGGAACAAGUAUUUGAGGGCACCCUACCCAUCAUAACUUCUUGUGUUGACGGAUAUAAUGUAUGCAUCCUAGCCUAUGGCCAGACAGGCUCUGGGAAGACAUACACAAUGAUGGGACCUAAAAACAGUCCAGGAGUUAAUAUAAGGUCUGUCAGAGAGUUGCUGUCUAUAUGCAAAAACAGAGAAAAAGUAACAUAUACUCUAAAGGUAUCCAUGUUAGAGAUCUACAAUGACAGCCUGAAUGACCUUCUGGCAAAGGACCCAAGUAAUCAUCUGGACAUUCGUACCCAAGGAAAAUCUGUCACUGUUCCAGGUUUGACACAAGUUGAAGUUAAGACUGAGGAUGACAUAUUGCAUGUCAUGGAGAUGGGUGAAAAGAACAGAAAGAUAGCAUCUACCAAAAUGAAUAUUGAGAGCUCUCGCUCUCACCUCAUCCUCACCUUGACCGUGCUUGGGGCAGACAGCAUCUCUGGGGUCAUCUCUCAAGGGACACUGACCCUGUGUGACUUGGCUGGUUCUGAGCGCAUCUCCAAGACCGAGGCCAAAGGGCAGCGCCUAGUGGAGGCAGCAGCCAUCAACAAGUCCCUCACAGCAUUAGGACAGGUUUUCAGUGCACUGAAAUGCAAUGCCAUUCAUGUGCCUUUCCGAAAUUCAAAACUCACACAUCUGCUUCAGCCAUGCCUUUGUGGAGAUGCCAAGGCUUGUGUGUUUGUGAACGUAAGUCCAGAUGCACGAAACAUGGUUGAAACUCUUAGUACGCUCCAGUUUGGCUCUUCAAUACGUCAGGUGGCACUGGGAAAAACUACGCAGCAUGUCACUUCAACACCAAACACCAAGCAAGACAAAUAACCCCAUUACAGACCUAUGUACAGCACGUGCUCUUUUAAAAACAUAAGUCCAUAAAUCUUACUGGACCAGUUAUAGAGU